AUGGAUAGUGUUAAGGGUGCGCUUUUAAAACAAAAAGAGGUACUGCUUAAACUAUUAAUUGAAAAAGAUUAUAAAAAUCUCUGCAAAAAACUUAAUAGUAUUUGUAUUCUUUUUUGUUUACCACGGACAAAAUAUGACAGAACAUUUUUUACGCCUUACAAUGAAGGAAUAUUUGAUACACAAGGAUAUGUAAAUUAUUCUGUAAUAACAACACAAUCUAAAGGGAUUACAUAUCGAUACAUAGCCGCAUCAAAACCGCGUAAAUCAAAUGUACAAUCAUUUAAAAGACUGUUUAGACAUUCUGAUAUUAUUAUUUCUUGUAUUAAAGAUAUUAAUUAUGUAGACUGUCCUAUUAAAUCUGUACCAAUAAAAUUAAACAAUAAAAUAAUUUUUUAUGACGAGAUCUAUGAGGACUGUAGAAUUUUAAGAUUUGAGAAUUGGAAAGAUCACGAUGUUUUAGAUGUCGAUGAAAUCAAAUUGUUUUAUAAAUAUUAUAAAAAUCUAAAUAUAUCUAACCCUCUUAUACAUUGUUUAGCAGGUGUUGGUAGAACAGGUUUUAUAAUAAUGUAUGAUAUUUUGUACUGUAGAAAAGUCAGAGUAGAAGAAUUUUUAGAUAUUUUAAUUGAUCUAAGAUCUCAAAGAAAUGGACUUGUAUAUUCUGAGAAACAAAUGAAAUUUCUUGCAGAGACAUUUAUUGAUGAAAGGCAAUGA